CGUCCAAUUAACUCAAUUCAAUACAUAUCUCUCUAUCCGGGUCUUUUAUCUUUUCUCCUAUUCUACCAUUCUUCUUUUCUCCACACGAUGGUCGAACUCAGGAAACGCAAGGCGCCAGUCCCACUCCCCGUCACAGAGAAGAAGACCAAACAAGCUCCCAAGCCCCAACAAGUUGCAGAUAUUACCAAUAAUGAUACCGAAAAAAGCCCCGCGCCAAAUGUCCCUGAGGUGGAUGAUAUAAUCGACAUAGAAACAUUCGGUGGCGAGUUUGAAACCAAUGAGGGUGAAAAAACAACUUUGAAGAAGCUCCUCGAGGAGAGCAAGUCGGGCGUGGUUUUCUUUACUUACCCCAAAGCCUCAACACCUGGCUGUACCAAGCAAGCUUGCUUGUUCCGUGACAACUACACCCACCUGACUUCUACUGGUCUUUCCAUCUACGGUCUUUCAGGCGACUCCCCUAAGGCGAAUACUACGUUCAAGACACGACAAAACCUACCUUAUCCUCUUAUGUGUGACCCCAAAGCCACCCUUAUUGCCGCUAUUGGGUUCAAGAAGUCCCCCAAGGGUACUACGCGGGGUGUCUUUGCUGUGGAUAAGAAGGGUAAGGUCUUGCUUCGCGAGGCCGGUGGCCCAGAUGCGACUGUGGACGCCGUCCAAAAGAUUGUUGCCAACGCGCCUAGUGUGAAAGAUACCAAGGAGGAAGAUGAUGAAGCAAAGUAA